GCACGCAGACAGACAAAGACAGCGAACCGGAGGAGCAGGAGAGAGCGCGUUUCCCCCUCCAGUACAACACGCGUAAAAACGCCUCGAGAACAUGAGCGCACCGCUCGAGCGAGAGACGCCGUGAUUUUAGCGCAAGCUGGCGUUUGAUUUUUUUUACCGCGAUUGCUUUUAUAAAACCAACGCUUUUCUCCAACGCCCCCCUAAUAACAACUAGCAGCUCCGCUAGCGGUUAGCCAUCAUCCUAACCACAGCCUUCCAGCAAACCCGAGAAAAAGAGCGCCUGGAGGAAUUACGCGCGCUUGCUUUGUUGGCUGAUGCACACACGGGCACUACUAUGCCUAGCCCCCUGUUCCACACUGACAUCAUGGAUCACGAUAUGGUAGUGAGCACCACCGGGCAGUCCAACGGGGUCAGUCUGCCCCCCUCCCGGGACACGGAUAAGGAGUCCCGGGACGAAGGCCAUCAGGAGGCGCUGCGCUUCGCUUUGGAUCAGCUGUCACGCAUGGCGCUCGAGAAGGUCGAUUGUCUGGACGGGACGACGGGCAGCGAGAACUGUAACGGAGGCGGCGGUUACGUCGACUUGCAGAUGCUCGAGCACACGAACGGCUCGCGAGAAUCGCCCGGCUCGUGCUCGCCAUCCCCGGAGUACUACGGCUCGGGAGGCAGCGGCGGGUACCACAUGGCCGGCUCGCAUUCCAUCCUCGCGGAUCAAAGCUCGGUGCUUCGGAAGAGGAGCGUCAACAUGACCGAGUGUGUACCCGUGCCCACGUCGGAGCAUGUGGCGGAAAUUGUCGGGAGACAGGGUUGUAAGAUCAAAGCUUUACGAGCAAAAACAAACACUUACAUCAAGACCCCUGUGAGAGGAGAAGACCCCGUGUUCAUCGUGACGGGCAGGCGAGAAGAUGUGGAAAUGGCCAAGCGAGAGAUCAUUUCUGCAGCCGAGCACUUCUCCAUGAUACGUGCCUCGCGCUGUAAAGCGGGCGGAAGUGGUCCCAGUUCGGGCGGAUCUCUCCCCGGACCUCCAAACCUGCCGGGCCAGACCACCAUCCAGGUGCGAGUUCCGUAUAGAGUUGUCGGGCUGGUGGUGGGUCCCAAGGGAGCCACUAUCAAGCGCAUCCAGCAGCAGACGCACACCUACAUCGUCACGCCAAGCCGUGAGAAAGACCCUGUGUUUGAGGUGACCGGCAUGCCUGAGAACGUGGACCGCGCCCGAGAGGAGAUAGAAACGCACAUCACACUCCGCACGGGUGCCUUCGUGGAUCUCCAAGGCGACAACGACUUCCACAACAACGGCACUGAUGUCAGCCUAGAGGGCCUGGGAUCGCUGGGUCUGGGCGGCACACUGUGGUCUCGUGCCAGCCACUCCGCACCUCCUCCUCCUGCCACCCACCACCACUCCACCCGUAAGAUGUCAUCAGCGUCCUACUCUAACGGCACGCUGAGUUCAGAAACAUUCUCUGCGUCGCGGCGAGCGACAGAUGGCGGGAGUCCCACCAGCCCUUUCAGCACUAGCAGUGCCGGUGGCAGUUUCUCGUUUGGGGGAGACUCCACCCCAGGCCUCCCCGGUACCUCUGAAGACCUCGGCUUUGAGUUAACCGGCGGUAACAUCUGGGCUCCCUUUGUAAAUGGUGGCAAGCAGCAGCCUCAGCUUCGGCGUAACAGCAGUGGCCUCAGCGGGGGCGCUGUGACCCCGCGCCUGUCACCCACCCUGCCCUCCGACGUGUCCGUCAUCGAUCACCCGCUGGCACGCCGGGUGCAGAGCGACCCCCUCAGCGCCCUCUCCUGGCUGCAGGCGGGCGGUGGCUCCUUCUCAGGCGGCAGUAGCAGCAGCGGCGGAAGCUCGACCGGUUACUCAUCCUGCUCGGCCUCAUCGCUGCCUGGUGGAUCACCCACUGACUCCGAGGGAGGAGGCAGUGGCGUGGCCAUGGCGUCUUCCGUGCUGGGCCGGCUGAAAGCGGGUGUGGUGCCCUGCGGAAGCAGGGACUGUUUCGUGUGCUGCGAGAGCGAGGUGACUGCCGCAUUGGUUCCCUGCGGGCACAACCUCUUCUGCAUGGAUUGCGCCGGUCAGAUAUGCCAGUCACAAGAGGCCGAGUGUCCCGUGUGCCGCACCCCUGCCACGCAGUGCAUCCGAAUCUUCUCUUAAUGCCCCUGUUAAAGACUGUCUUCAUAGGAUUGACAGUGGUUAUUAGAUGACACUAUUCUGAUUUAUUGACUAUUAUAAUAAUAAUAAUAAUAACAACUCUGAAAGUAAUGAUGUUACUAGCGACUCAAGUACUUUUUUCUUGGAACUGAGGAUCAAACAGUGUCUUAUCUUUGGCCCUUCACCUUCAUUUGCUCGAGCUGUUCAACGGUUAUUUCUCCAUGAUGCUUCCAGGUGACCUUGACCGGGUUUGUUUUGCCUGCAACUCUUUCUACUCGCAGAGAUUUUACACUCGCGUAAGACUGCACUUUUUUUCUAAUGUCUUGUUUCGUUAGAAGGUUGGUGAUGCAGUUGUUUUUUUAAAUUAUUUUUUAUAAAAUCUUGUGUUGCCGUUUUGCCUUUUUAACCUUUUUUUAAUGCGGUCGGCUUUGUGCAGCACGCCCGCGACAAUGACGCAAGAACCUGCACACUCGUAGACCAAAACAUUAGAGAUGUUCAUGUUUUUUUAUCAAUGAAGAAAGGAACACUUAAUAUUUAUACGCGUUAAGAGUCGAUUACCAAUGUUAUAGUUAUUGUUGAAUCUAAAAUAGAUAGAAUAGUACAUGUUAGGAAUAUCGUUGCCAUGCUAUAGGAGAUCUCUCACACUACCUUAUAAACUCCAUACUCUCAUACACCAGUAGAUGAAGUCAGAGUUUGUUUUUAAGAAGACGAUGAUGUGGACUCUUGAUGUUUGUUCAUUCCUACGGUCUUCACUCCUGAAACAGGGUUGUUAGUAUUUCAAAUGGCGACAUCUUUAUCUGUUACGAUUUUACUGUUAAGAGACUUUUGUUGUCGUUGUGGUAAGACUGAAUGUGGGCAGCACAGGUGUUGACUCCGCCCCCUCAUUGAACCACAUGACUUAUACUGAAUUAUAACGUAGGUCUUUAUAACUUGACAUGAAUGUUCUCUUCGUCGUGGAUGUGUGUGUGUGUUUGUUUUUAAAUGGACUGUUGUAGAGCCAUCCCAAUCGUGCACUGCGACACAUUGAAAUGUUCUUUUGAUCCCUGAGCAGAGUAAAGUCUUCCGGCUCCCUCGCCGAGAGCAUGUCAUCCUGAGGUUAAUCUUUUGCGUUUUCAUCCCGCGGCGUUCGCACUUAGAUUCAUAAUUCCCUUAAGCUGCAUGUGAACGUGCAAAUCAAAUCUGUAGCCCCUUCGAAAGGUUGUGACGAACAAGCCAUGAAUCGAUCACACUUUAAAGGGCUUCCGGUAAUAUCAAUACACUACACUUCAGGUCGUGUCCUAUGAUAAACGCGAUCUAUCCGUAUGGCAGCUAUAUCAUCCAGGGGUUCCAUACGUUUAGUGAUGACGAGUCAUUUUAUUGGCAGUCAAAUCUUCCAUGUCGACAGCCAGCCAGUAAGACGAAAGGGACUUUCUACCACAUGUUGAAGGGAGGCUUUUCUCUAUAACCUGUUUUGCAUGAUUUGUACAUAUCGGCGGUGUCAUUUUUUUUAAGGUAAGGGAUCACGUGACUUUUGUGUUACCGAACAUUACGGAUAGUGCCAUCAGAUGUGAAAGUAGUAAACGGUGCCUUGGUGUAAGAGGUCAAUACUGACUCGUCUGUUGAAUAAAGAAUCUGAAGAUUGUUUCAGGAACUUCCCCCUUCACGUUCUCAUUUCAGUGGUUUUCCAAAUGCAGAGAUGACGCUUCAGAUGUGUGGAGGAGGCCAUCGUCUUCAAAGAGCCAUGUAGUAUCUGAGCCACCAUUGGUUUUUUCUUAACAUUUGCUGGUCUGAUGAUGUUUGUUCUUAGUUAGGUUUGAGGUUUGGAGGGAAUCGUCUGGUGAGGUGUGUAGUUUAACUGGUUUAAAGGUACAGAAAGUAGCUUAAAGUCUGUAGUUUUCUGUUCUCGUGUCUGUGGCGUGUUUGGGCAUCUCGAUCGGGCGAUGAAGGUCAUGUGACUCGUGAAGAAUUGGUGGUGGACCUGAAGCUGGAUUGUUUGCCGCCUCGUGGUUUAAAAACAGGGUUUAAUGUGGAUUGAUUUCAGAGAUCUCGGGCAGAUUAGCAUCGGAAAGACAUCAAACGCUGUUUUCCCAUGAAUCACUUUUGCCAAAAUUUUGCUCCACUUUGUUUUUGCUUUAACUUCUUUUUUUCAUACGCAGAACGAAAAGUUGUUUCCAUAACAGAACUUCAGGCCUAAUUGUAAAUAUCCAGAAUACAAUCGUUAGGAUUCGUUUUUAAAAAGGACAAAACUGAAAAAGGUUAAUGUAGUUUUUAAACCAUGUAUCUUGAUUUGUAACUUAAACUCUCUGCAUGUCUUGAAGCCAUCAGGCAUUAGCUAAACAUUUUCUAAAAAUGAAAAGACAAAAAAGAAAACUUUUUUACACAUUUUAUUUUUACAAGUUAUUUGCUUACCUUAACAUAAAUAUCCCAGAUUAUAAUGUGACCCUUUUUUUACGACAAAUUUGUCUUUAUUUUCCAUAUUUCUGUUUCCUGUGUACAACAUAUAGGCAAUUUAUAACAAAAUGAGAAAAAAUUAUUGAAGAAAUUUAAAAUUGAAAUAUAUUUUAUUUGAAAGUUUAUGGACCUUUUAACCGUGAGCUGGAACACUUGUAUACGCAUAUGAUUUGAGCUGACUUUACGGUUAUGAGAAAUGUAUCGAGAGUUUUAUUUUUUAUGCUUCUUUAAUAAAAUCUCGUUUUUUGUUUUGUUUUUGUACUGUAAAACAAUA